UUUUAGUAGGGUUCCCCUUUAGAGAGGGGCAUUGCCUCUUGUGAACUAGCACCAGGUACAUGCUGUGAAGACAAGGUAGAAUUAGGAAUAUUGAAGGAGAUGAGAGGACGCCUCAUUCUUCCUUCUCUCAUCCAAGGGUGAAAUUCUCACGCAUUGCGAUUGCGCCACCUCUGGCGACCUCCCACAAGCAUAAGACAAAUCGUCAAGCCAUAUAUAGAGCGUUAAAAACCGGCCGAAUUCGUUUUACGCAUGUCCAGUAAGUUUACUGCGCAUGCCGCACCAACUACGAAGGCCAACGACAACCUACGAAAUGGUGAUUUAAAUACGACAUACGACCAUGGCAAUAACCGCUGUAGCUAGUUUGCGGGCGUUCAGGAAAAUGGCAGACCAUUCUCCUCUGGUCACCAGUGCGGAUAGUGUCAUAAAUGAAGAUACAACAAUAGUAAGAUAUGGUAGCAACAGAUGUAAGAAUGUUUUGAACGUGGUAUUGAUAUUAGGUUUCAUAGUUGUUGGUUCUGUGGUGAUAAUUGUUCUUCUUCUGGUUCGUCCGAAUGUCAGAAACAAUCCUGAAUACGGUGUUGUAUUUGAUGCUGGUUCAAGGCACACGUCUGCAUAUGUUUAUAAGUGGCCAGGAAAUAUAAGGUUAAGAGGAACUGCGGUUCCUGUGGAUGAGAUUUGCCAUGUUUCCAACAGUACAGGAAUAUCAUCAUUUGUGAACAAUCCAAAAGGUGCAGGUUCGUUGGUGGGCAAUUUAUUAAAAAAUGUCAUCGGAGAGGUUCCACAUGACAAGAGAUCAUCAACUCCUGUGUAUCUUGGAGCAACAGCAGGAAUGAGAUUGGAACGUGAGGUGAACAAGACAAUUUCGGACAACAUUAUGUCAUCUAUACGGGAUGUUUUUCUUGCUUCAAGCUUACAAUUCUCUGCCAAGAAUGCUAAGAUCAUUACAGGAAAAGAUGAAGGUUCUUUUGGAUGGAUCACUGUGAACUAUUUAAAGAAAGUUCUGCAGGAGAAAAAUGAGGAAGACAUCAAGGAGACCUCCGGAGCAUUAGAUUUAGGUGGAGCUUCAACUCAGAUCACAUUUGUGCCGCAAAACACUUCCCAAGCUAACCAACAUUUUAGGCUUUAUGGUAAAGACUAUCCCGUCUAUACUAAAACAUAUUUGUGUUAUGGACUUUCUGAAAUUUACCGAAGAUUUCUAGCACAACUAGCAAAGAAUGCAAACUACUCGGCUACGAUAUCCAAUCCCUGUGCUCGAAAAGGAAGCAUUACUAACCAAUCAGCGUCCAACAUAUUUCGUGAACCCUGCAGCUGUGAGCCAUCGCCGAAACCCAGAACUGCCCAGUUCACUUUCAACGGUUCAAACAACGAGUCGGAAUGCAACGAAAAUAUCAGGAGUCUUUUUGAUUAUAGUUCAACUUGUCCUAAUGCUGUACCAUUUUUCAACGCAAGUCAUAAACAACCUCCAGUUACGGGUAAUUUCCUGGCAUUUUCAGCGUAUUAUAUCAUUAAAAAAAACUUGAAUUUGCCAACUUCACCCACAAUGGACGAAUACAGGUCUGCUUAUUUGGCCUACUGCAAUAGAAAUGUGGUUGAGAGAAAAACGCUGGAUGCUUUUGUCACUGUAGUUCCGACCUGUUUUUCUGGACACUAUAUCUACACUUUGCUGACGUACGGUUUUCAAUUUAAGAAUGAUACGUGGAAAAUCUCUUUUGGGAAAACCGUGGACAAGAAGUCACUUGGCUGGGCUCUCGGUUAUAUGAUCAAUGCAACCAACUUGAUUCCAUUAAAUAAACCCAAACAUGUCCGAAUUUCGGACGAAAAUCUUAUACCAGCGCUUGUGGUGUGUGGUAUCUGCAUACUGAUUGGACUAGUAUUGUUUGUGAAAUAUUUGUCCAAGCGUGGCGUAUGUAGAAAUAGUUGCAGAACCAGAAGACUGAACUAUUCUCAUUUAUAAAUAACACAUGGGGUUCUUCACGCUCCGAAGAAACGAAACAUGAAUCAAGUCAUGUCCCGACUUCUGAGGUGUUGAAAAGAGGGGAUGAAUGAUUCGAUGAAGUCUUUCCUAAUUCUCAGAAUUGCUACUAGUCGUUGUGAUUGGUUGAUUUGGCCCCUUCUAAAUUCUAAUAUAUUGUCUAAAUUUGAUAUAUGGGUUUUAGACAGCGCGUUAGUUUGAGACAAACCAAAAUAAAAAUAAAAAUAUUUAUGGAUAGUAAAUUAACUAUUAAAAAUUGAUAAAAUAAAUUAAAGUCAAUAAAAUUUUAUACAAUCUUUCAUGCAUAAAAUGGAUGACUCAUUGCAAACGAAUGCGGUAUUGUUUUACGAGUUUCAGGAUUAAUAAUGCGUCUAGUUGUCUCACUAGAAAUGUCAAGCCCUAGACUGACUGUCUUUGGUUGUUUUUGCGGCAUUUUUGUUAUUGUUUUAUUAAACUUUUUAUGGCGCCUUCCAAAACCUAUUUAAGCAUCCUAAACCUGCCUAAACUUAAUUUUGAGGUAUUAAAGUAUAGUGAAAUUGUUUUGUAUUGUAUGUGUGGUAUCAAUAUCAAUUAGGUCGAUUCAGAUGCACACUAGUGGUAAAUGAAAUAUUUGCGGCAAAAGUACAUCGUAAUCUACCAAAAUUAAUUAUUUUAAAACAUUCAGCAAAAGCUAAAAUCGUUCCUUUAAAGUUUGCAUUGUGUAACAGCCAAUCAGAUUGCUCUAAAUUAUGUUCGAGACCGAAGAAUUGAGUUUUAUUUUAUCUGGU